UUCUUGUCUAGAGCUAACCAAGCUUGUUCUUAAGUUAGCAGUAAAAAUUAAAUGGCCUUACUCUGUCUUCUUGUUAGCAGUAAAAAUUAAAUGGCCUUACUCUUUCUUCUUGUUGUGGACAAAGCAAUCAUUGUACCCAAGCUUGUGGAUUUGCUGUAAUGGAUAGUGAGUACGUAGUUUCCUUUUGUUAGUGUUGGGUUGAAACCCAUUAAACUGAUUGAGUUUGUAAAUCAAGGUUACCUACAGUAAAUUGUAUAAGUAAACCCAGAAGUCCUGUCAAUAAUUAUCCUUGAUAAAAAAAAAAAAAUUGUUUGAAUUUCUAUUCUGAUUUUUGAGUAGCGAGGAAAAGAAGCAUAGAUUUCAGUGAAGAAAAAAAAAUCUUGAAUUGUUAUAAAAAUUUUUCUUUCCUGACUUAAAAGAAUUCUUAUAACAUUUGAACGGUGACCACUCACAUGGAAAUGACAUCUUUUUUCCAAUAUCUUCUUGUCCAAAUGUGUACCACAAGUGAGCACCAAGCUAUAGGUUACACAUCUGCAAUAUGAAUCACAUCUGAAAUCUGUUUAAUUGUCAUUAUGCUUAAGCCCUUCACACAUCAUGGACUAGCUAGCGAGUUUAUAAAUAAUAGUUAGUGUUUUUAGUUUAUAAUCAAUGCAUGCUUGGUUCUGUCGUAAUGGAAACUCUGCAGGCAAUUUAUAUCUCAAGCUGUAUUGUGUGUGUGAUCUUGCUCUCAUUUUUAAUCAAGUUCUUCAACAAAGUAUGGUGUACUCCUAUGCGCAUACAAUCCAUGAUGAGGUCUCAAGGGAUAAAAGGCCCUUCUUACAAACUCUUCUACGGCAACAUCAAAGAGAUUAUCCAUAUGACAAAGAGAGCUUCGAGCAAUUCCAUGGAAUUAUCACACCAAGUGUUUCCCACUGUAUUGCCACACUUCCAAUCAUGGAUGAAUCUUUAUGGGAAGAAUUUCCUCUGGUGGGAAGGUCCUCGAGCUCACUUGGUGUUCUCAGAACCUGAGCUUAUAAAAGAGAUAUUUAACAAUAAAGAUGGAGCAUUUUACAAACCCCAACCCGAUAAUGGUUACCUUCAGAAGCUAUUAGGAGACGGACUUGCAAUGACUAGGGUAUCAGAAAAGUGGCUUAAGCUUCGUAAAUUAUCCAAUCAUGCUUUUCAUGCAGAGAGCCUGAAAAGUAUGAUUUCUGCAAUGGUGACAAGUGUGGAAAUGAUGCUUGAAAGAUGGGGACAUCAUGAAGGAAAUGAAAUUGACGUGUUCAAAGAAUUCUUAGUCCUAGGCUCAGAAAUUAUUUGCAGGUCUGCCUUUGGAAGCAGCUACUCGGAAGGGCAGCGUACAUUUGACAAAAUAAUCCAGUUGAUUCUCAUUAUUGAUAGAAACAAAUAUCGAAUAAAAAUUCCUGGAAUUAGAUAUCUUAUGAAAACCAGGGAUGAUGUCGAAUCAGACAAUAUACAAAACGGCAUACGAAAUUCCAUUAUGAAUAUGAUUAAGAAAAGAGAAGAAGCAGCAAUGUUCAGUCAAUCAAAUGACUAUGGAAGUGAUUUUCUUGGAUUGCUGUUAAAGGCACAUCAUGAUUCUGAUAUGACAAAGAGACUAGCAGUUGAAGAAAUAAUUGAUGAAUGUAAAUCCUUUUAUCAUGCUGGACAAGGAACAACUGCAACUUUACUUAGCUGGAUUGUGUUUCUUCUAGCUGUUCACACAGAUUGGCAAGCUAAAGCCAGGAAGGAGGUCAUUGAAUUAUUUGGCCAGAAAAAUCCAAGCCCAGAUAGCCUCUCAAGAAUGAAAAUUGUAAGCAUGAUUAUCAAUGAAGCUCUCAGGCUAUAUUCUCCAGUUGUUACCCUCCCAAGAGAAGUACGAAGGCAAGUCAGAUUGGGGAAUUUGUUUCUUCCUGCAAAUAUAAUAAUCGAAAUUCCAGUCAUUGCACUCCACCAUGAUCCUGAAAUAUGGGGAGAAGAUGUUUAUCUUUUCAAGCCAGAGAGAUUUGCAGAAGGCUUGGCCAAAGCUACAAACAACAAUGUGAAUGCCUAUCUUCCAUUCAGUUUGGGACCUCGAAGCUGUGUGGGAUACAACUUUGCAAAUACAGAGACUAAGAUUGCACUGUCAAUGAUUCUGCAACGUUACCGGUUUACUUUAUCACCAACUUAUGUUCACUCUCCUGUGCAGAUUCUUGCUAUGUGCCCACAACAUGGAAUGCAAAUCGUGCUCCAUCCAGUAUAACUGAACCCUUGAAUUGAGGCCUCAUAUAUGGCUUAGUGUGGAAUUAGAUUUUUGGGUAUCUAAUGAAAAUCAUGGAUCCAUUAAGCCAAAAACAAUAGUAACUGUUUCUGGGCGUCCAAUGCUGUUGGAGUUGCUGAGAUUUUCUGGGUGUCCAAUGCUGUUGGAGUUUCUCUACUCUGUCCUUCCUGUUCUUUUAAUAUCUAUGUUUUGUGAUCUUGCGAAAUUCAUCGGAAUGUAGUAAAAGAAAUUAUGACGGUUAUCUAAUAAUAUGGAUUUUUUUAUCGAUAA